GCUCCCCUAGCAGCCUUACUCUGAGUUUACUGGUUUCUGUUGAAGCUCAGAGUCUGAUCAAGCAGUGGGCAGUCGUAAUUUCUUUUCCUCAGUAAUAAUUGAGCUGGGUUGCAUCAUCUGUGAGCCUCCUCCUACACCGUUAUCUCUGCCUUUUCACCCUGUUCACACAAUAGCACACCACACUCAGAGACAGUGUCUAACAGACAAGCUCUCUCUCAGGCAUACACUCUUAACUCACCACACAGAUACACGCUCCCUCAAACACAUACACACACACACUCUCUCUCGCUCUCCCUCCCUGACUCAGAUACACAUCCCCACACCCCCUCAGUGUGUCCCACAGACAGGCUGCACGGUCCGUGCUCACGCACAUCUAACCCUCUCCUUACCCAGAGACGGCCGGCAGUUCUCCGGCUCCAUGGAGAAGGACCUGGAGCCUGGGCAGUCGCUUGCUAACGGGAGCCGCCGAGGAUGCAGCGUGGGCGGCGUGGCCAGCCCAGUGAGCCCCGGGGAGAAGCGGCGAGCCCCGGGGAAGCUGCGGGCUUUCCUGCAGACGAACUGCCUGGUGUUGCUGACCGUGUCCGGAGUAUUGCUCGGCGUGGCUGUGGGAUUGGCAGCCCGGAAACUGCAGCUUUCCCGGGCUCACAUGCAGCAUUUAGCUUUCCCUGGAGAGCUCCUGCUCCGGCUCCUCAAGAUGAUCAUCCUGCCCGUGGUCUUCUGCAGCUUGGUGGCCGGGGCCGCUAGCCUCGACCCCAGAGCCCUCGGCAAACUGGGCGGCAGGGCUAUCCUGUACUUCGCAGUGACCACCCUCAUUGGGUCAGCGCUGGGAGUCAUCCUGGGGCUGACCAUCAAACCAGGAGAUCAGACUGGGCAAGCGGGACACAUAGACCGGGCCCCGGCCAGCUCCACGCUGCCCAGCAAAGAGGCAACUGACACUUUCUUGGACCUCUUCAGGAAUCUGAUUCCUGCAAACCUUGUUGCUGCAGCUUUCCGAUCGUAUGCCACAGAUUAUAAAUGGGUGAUAACUGCUGCCGCUGGUGAAAAUGUAACAUCCAGAAACGCAAGCUAUGAAAAGGUUCCCAUUGGCACUGAGGUGGAGGGGAUGAACAUCCUGGGACUGAUCCUGUUUGCGAUGACUUUUGGGAUUGCUCUCCGGAAGCUGGGUCGUGAUGGAGAGCUGCUCAUUCAGUUUUUCAGCAACUUCAAUGAUGCCACAAUGAUCCUGGUCUCAUGGAUAAUGUGGUAUGCUCCUAUUGGAAUCCUAUUCCUGGUUGCCAGCAGAAUCGUGGAGAUGGAGGAUGUGGUGUUGCUGGUAACUGGUUUGGGGAAAUACGUCCUAGCUUCAAUACUGGGCCAUUUCAUUCAUGGAGGGAUCAUCUUGCCGUUGAUCUUUUUGCUGCUCACUCGCAGAAAUCCGUACAAGUUUCUGUUGGGCAUUGUCACUCCAUUAACUACAGCAUUUGGAACGUGUUCCAGUUCCGCAACUCUGCCAUCAAUGAUCAAGUGUGUGGAAGAAAACAACGGAAUUGAUAAGAGGAUCUCCCGGUUCGUGCUUCCCAUUGGAGCUACGGUCAACAUGGAUGGAGCAGCUUUAUUUCAGAGUAUUGCUGCUGUCUUCAUUGCGAAUUUAAAUGGUAUUACCUUGGAUGCAGGACAGAUCUUCACCAUUAUAGUCACUGCCACAGCUUCGAGUGUUGGAGCUGCUGGAAUCCCAGCUGGAGCUGUGCUGACUAUCGCAAUCAUCCUGGAAGCUAUUGGACUGCCCACCAAUGACCUUUCGCUCAUAUUAGCCGUUGACUGGAUUGUGGACCGGAGCUGCACUGUGGUCAAUGUCGAGGGCGAUGCUCUGGGGGCAGGGAUUCUUCACUAUACCUGUUUGUCUGAACUGGAGCCAGUGAAAGCAGAACUGACAGGUGUGAAAGUUGAAGCGGUCGCUAACCCGAAUUCAGAGGAGGAAACCUCUCCCCUGGUCACUUACGCAAAACAGCUGUCAACUCCCAGAAACACCAUCGAUCCAGAACCAAAGGAGUCUAUACUCUGAAGGCAUCAAAACACUCAAAACAAAACAACUUCUCCCAGUUUCAGAAAUCCCUUUUUCAUCUGAAAGCUACCUUCACAUGGGGAGAGUAAUCUUCUGUGUUAAUGGUUGAUUUUUGAUUAUUUAAUGUGAAUGUUGGUGUCAGUUCCUUCGUCAUCUCCAAACUGAUUAUUUCACAAUCAUUUGAUGUAGAAAUCCGACAUUAAUCAGCAGAAAACAUCCCUAACCAACAUUCCAUGAAUAUUAGAUUCAGACGUCAUGGGAACAGAGGGAACUACUGGGGAUCUCAGUUAUAUGUGACCUUCCAACAACCUUUUAAUGUUUAAGAACUUCAGUUACAUUUGAUAUUUCUUCUUAACUGUCUUAUUACUUUCUCCUAUUUAAAUAUUCAUAGAAAAUGAAAUUAUGAUGUUUUUAUGUCUUUCCUCCUGCUGUAGAUGAGACAGAAGGCUUCACCUGUUCUUUUGUCAAUCAUUAAGUUUUCCCACUGGGACAGUAUUACAUUGAGGUUUACAGUAUUCUGUAAAUCUCGCAAUGAAUGUGUUAAAGUGUGUUGGUGCUGUAAAAAGUUUGUAGAUAGUUCGAUGUUCAUGGUCUCUAUUACAUAGCCCUCUUGGGGGGUCUGUACAGAGACAGUGCUUGAGCUGGUUCUACCAUUUAUCCCAGAUGCAAGCAGAGUUGACCCUUUCACCCAAAGGAUACUGGAGGAUCUGGAACUUACUGCUUGUAAAGGCAGAGGCAGAAACUCUCACCUCUGUAAAAUAAAAAAGCUCACUUUUUGAUAUGCACUUAAAAUGUCACAGCAAGGCUAUGGACCAAGACCUGGAAAGAUGGGUUAGUUUGGUUAACUUUAUUUCUUUAGAAUGAUAGGCCAAAUAGCCUCCUUCUGCACUGUGAGUUUUCUCUGUUUCUAGAAGUUCAUUUCUGGUGGGGCUUGAGGUGUUGCUUUAACCUGCUUGACCUUCUGCCUUAAUGUUCCCUUCCUCUGUUUGACCCUAGCUACCUACUACUGCCUUGCAAGACAUAUUAAUGGUUUAGCACUCUACACAUAAACAAUUGCAGUUAGCCCGGGUACAUGCCCAGUGACACAGGGAUGUAUCUCACUGUUAGUCUCAACAGCUCACUGCAGCCAUUCUCAAAGACCAACUUGCUAAGAGGUAGUCCGUUCCAAAUGUGGGAUUCAGGAACGAUUCAUGACGAGCCCAGGUAGAACUUUGUUUCACCAUACACAUGUAUACUAACCUCCACACUCACUUCAUAUCAAAGCAAAUUGCAGAAUCUGCAGAGCUAAAUUCUUUAAGAAAUUAAACAGGAAAGCAGUUUUCCCGAGGAACCUUAACAACACUUUAUCCAAUGAAGUAGUUGUAUUCUGUGUAACUCAAUGUCAUUGGAUAACAGUGAGCAAAAUUUUCCUUAAUUUCAAAACUUUAUUUGCAGUCUGAAGUGAUUGUGAUAUGAUGAGGAAAUGUUUAGUUGAAAUGAAUCGAUUACAGUUUCUUUUGAACUGAUGCUCUUUUUGUUUUAAAAAGUGUUGAGCUUUACUGUACAUGUUGAUAAAUAUAUUUAAUCAGUUGUUUCAGCUGAAGUAUAAUGUUAAUUCUGAUCCUACUCUUCAAAUCCUACAAGGCCUCAUCCCAUUCCAUAACUCAACCCAACCCAAUCCAAUACAUGCCAAUACAACCCAACCCAGCCCAACACAAGACAACCCAACCCAAUCCAAUACAACCCAUCCGAUACCAACACAACCCAACACAGCCUAGCACAACCCAAUCCAACACAACCCGACUUGACCCUGCCCAACCAGACCCAAGCCAUGCCAAACCAACCCAACCUAAUGUGACCUAACAUAACCAACACAAACGAAACCAAACUAAUAAAAUGUGA